ACCUACAAUAACUAUAAAAAUGUUAAUAAGUCGAAAUCAAUGCGCUGAAAGUGUACUAUUAUUAUUUCAGUCGGAGAAGGCCUUCCUUGUUAUUUAAGGGAAGACCACUACAACCAGCUCGGUGCCCUUCGUUGCCGUAACUGUAAUCCGGAAGACUGGAUGAAUUGGUAAGAGAAUUAAGCUCCGAUAAAAGAUGGAAGAAAUUAUAAGAGCGCUCCUGGAGCAAAACGUUUCGUCUGAUCAAUUUUAUGGAUUUAUGAUCGAUUACGGACUCCAAGAGGAGCCCUUUGUACAAGAAGUUUUACAACAACUGAUCGAGGACGAAGCGCCUUCAAUACAGACACUGUACCCUCAAUGGACCGAAGAAGACGCGGACAAUUUAUUAAAUAUGUUGAAAUCCCCUGAAAAGUACCCGGAUACUGAACCACGCGCUGUUUUAAAUGAGAUUUCAACCAAUAUUGUAACCGGAGGUCAAAUCGGAGCCGGUGAUGUCGGUAAAACCGGCUUUACCUGCGAUCAGUGCGGCAAGGUUUUUAGCCUGAGGAAAAACCUAAACCGACACGUGAAAAGUAUACACGAUAAAGUAAUGUUCCCGUGCCAUAACUGCGGGAAAAGCUUCAAGAGGAAUACCGAGCGCCUUGAGCACGAAUCUAAAUGUCGCGGAACAGCGCCUUUUAAUCAGUAUUCGGAAGUGAUGCCAACUGACGCCGAGUUAUCCGAGAAUGAAAUCGGAUCCGGUAAUGUCGGUAAAACCGGCUUUACCUGCGAUCAGUGCGGCAAGGUUUUUAGCCUGAGGAAAAACCUAAACAGUCACGUGAAAAGUAUGCACGAUAAAGUAAUGUUCCCGUGCCAUAAAUGCGGGAAGUCUUUUACCCGAAAUGAUGGCCGUGUUAAACACGAAACGAAGUGUAGCGGACCCGUGACCUUCCCUUGUCAGCACUGCGACCAGGUUCUGAAAACCGCAAGACAGUUGGAGUUUCAUUUAAAAAUUAAACAUAAAAUCAAAUCCGCUGCUCGCAAAACAACAACGUCUGCUCGGCCCGGACCUUCUACCUAUAACUGUCGGCGCUGCGACGCAACUUUCCAGAACUCUAACCAUCUACAAGUACAUAACGCCAGGCAACACGGGGGAGGCCGGUCCAUUCACGGCGCGAGUCCCAGAGCCGGUCCUAGUACAUACAAAUGUCGCCGCUGCCCAGCUCAGUUUCCGAACAGGCAAGAGUUGCACGCCCACACUACCCGACACCAUUACCAGGUGGGUGCCGGAUUGCAUCCUGAACGCUUUCAGCAGGGACAAGCACCUUGGAAUAAAGCUGACGGGAGUAUAGACGAAGGGCUUCGAGAUUGCUACAGGACCAACAGAGCUCUUAUUCUGGAAAGAUACAGAGAGGGUCCCGUAGAAUCCAUCUAUAACAUUCCCAUGUUCCCCGGCAUGCGUAUUUGGGAUAUUGGUCAAGCCCUUCAAGGGAUUUACGAUCGUCAACAGUAG